AUGUCACAGGACAAAAAGAUUCAAGUCCAGAAAAUCCUACAAACCUCUGAUGUAGACAUUUUCACAAUUAUGGAAGCAAACCUUUCGGAUGACAAUCUGAAAUACUACCAAUUCCCAGGUUUCAUCUUGUACCUUCUAUCUAAAUACCGAUGUGCAAAUAGCACAAUUUCCCGUGGCAAGACUAAACUCUAUCUAGUGUUUUGGUCAGAACACCUUGAGGAACUGAAAAGAAAGUUGGACGCCCUUCGCAACACUGCUGAUCAGACUGGAAGAAUGGAAGACGUACAAGCCUGGAGAUGGUAG